AAAUAAACAUAAAAAAACACGAAUGGACAGCCCAGCUUGGCCCUCAGUAAAUAUACACGUUUCCACUGCUCGAACAUGCAGAUUAACAUUUCCAUUCUUAAUAGACAUCUCAAUUACAAUUCCAGCUACAAGCUGCAGAGUAGAAAUGGCUCCACUCUGAGUCCCCUAAAGAGUGGAUUUCGAUGGCUUCUCACCUCCGGGCCCUUUAUCCCAGGACUUCCUGUCCCCACAGGGGACCCACCCAUUCUGUUUGGGCACAGUACCCCCUCUUUCUCCUGUGCCUCACUUCCCACACCCUUUAUAUUUGGGGGAGGGAGGCUGCCCUACCUGAUUAGACUAACGCAGGGAGGGCAGGGCCCCGUGUCUGUGUUUUUCCCCAUCCUGCCCAAGCACAUAGUAGGUGUGCCUGGGUGUGUAGAGCAGGAGGGCAGGAGGACCGCGGGACGGAUCCGGCUGUUCGGGAGCAAACUGAGCUCAUCCUGGAGCAAUGGGGAACACAGGGACAGGUCGGUGGGCUACACCACAGGAGCCCACCCGCUUCUUUCUUGGUACCUGUGUUAGACCCACGGUGGAGACCGUCAAAGUGGCUUGUCUUGUCCAGGGGCAGACGGAGGUUUAGGUUAGCACUGCUGGGCUGGGCUGGGCUGGGCUGGGCUGGGCUCCCAUGAAUCAUCACCAUAAGAGCUGAUGCCCUGAAUCCGAGGGGCUGUCCCCAAAGAUGGACUUCCUGCCCUCCCCACUGUUCCUCUCUAGGAGUGGCCCUCUCUUACCGUGCUCCCGAACCCACUGGCUGGAGCCUCGACUACACCCUGCCAGCGUCCGGCAUUUGGGCGGCGAAGGUACAGGUGCAUAGGAGCAUCUCUGUGGAGCAGGCGCUGGUCCGGGAGCUGGAUUGGGUGGCGCACAGGACAGACAGCACUGCCGGACAGAGCUCGUGUUCCAUAGGAGGGCAAGCCCGACACAACAUGCAGACCAAUAAGACUUUGGUGCCUGAACUUUGAGUUUUGGAGCAAGUCACGUGGCUCAAGAGCAGGCAGGCCAAGUUGGCGCUGGCCUGGGGGGCUACCGCGCCCAGCCCCGUCCCGCCCCGCAGCCCGAAGAGAAGGGAGCCGGCGGCCGGCACCGCACCUGGCCACGGAGGGGACAGCGGAUCCCAGCGCGCCGUGAGGACUGCCCGUGGGAAGGAGCUGGAGGGUCCUUGACCUCUUCAAGAGGCAUUCGAGCCCCGCCGGCCCAGCUGGCCGCUCCAAGGAAAAGGGCCAAAUCGCAGGAAUUCAGGGGUCUGAGAGGACGUCACCACAGCGCUGAGUGCAACGGAGGACAGAUGGAAAUGACCUACAUUCCCUAGCUCGCGGUCAUGGCGACCCUUCACCGCACAGACUCGACGCUCACAGCCCUGGAUGAGGAGACGCUGUGGGACAUGAUGGAGAGCCACCGCCACAAGAUCGUGAGCAGCAUCUGCCCCAGCCGCCUCACGCCCUACCUGCGCCAGGCGAAGGUGCUGGACCAGCUGGACGAGGAGGAGGUGCUCCACAGCCCCAGGUUCACCAACACGGUCAUGAGAGUCGGGCACUUGCUGGAUUUGCUGAGGACUCGAGGGAAGAAUGGAGCCAUUGCCUUCCUGGAGAGCCUCAAGUUCCACAACCCUGACGUGUACACCCUGGUCACCGGGCUGCAGCCCAAAGGGGACUUCAGCAACUUCAGUGGGCUCAUGGACACGUCCAAGCUGACCGAGUGCCUGGCCGGGGCCAUCAGCAGCCUGCAGGAGGAGCUGGGCCGGGAGAAGGGGCACAAGGAGGCCCUGUGGCGGCGCUGUCGGCAGCUGCAGGAGCGCCUGGGCUGGGCGGAGGCCCGCGUGCGGAGCCUGGGCCAGCUGGAGACCGACCAUGACCGCGUGAAGCGCGAGGUCCUGAAGCUGAAGGACGAGAUGCUCAGCCUGUCGUUGCACCACAGCAACGCGCUGCAGGAGAAGGAGCUGGCGGUCACCCGGUGCCGUGGCCUGCAGGAGGAGCUGUACCUGCUGAAGCAAGAGCUAGAACGCGAGAAGAUGUCUUCUUCCCACGAGCGGGACUGUGAGCGGGACUGUCGAGAGCGUUCCCCGCAGAUGGCCGACGGCCUGGGGCCCGGGGACAAGGAGCUGACCCGCCUGAAGGAGGAGAACGAGAAGCUCCGGUCGCUGACGUUCAGCCUGGCGGAGAAGGACAUCCUGGAACAGAACCUGGACGAGGCCCUGGAGGGCACGCAGACGCUGGUGGAGCGUAUCCACUCCCUGAGGCAGCGGGCCGUGGCCGCCGAGAGGCAGCGGAAGCAGUACUGGGAGGAGAAGGAGCAGACCUUGCUGCAGUUCCAGAGGGCUAAGGUCGACUGUGACAUCUACAAGGAGAAGAUCAGCGCCCUACAGGGCCAGUUGCUGGAGCUGCAGCGAGAGCGAGACCAGGCCUACUCCGCGAGAGACGCGGCCCGGAUGGAGAUUUCUCAGAGCCUGACAGAGAAGGACGCCCUCCGCAGGAAAGUGUUUGAACUGACAGACCAGGUCUGGGAGCUGCGCCAUCGGCUUCACCAGCCACAGGCCGAGUCCCUGCGCGGGCCUGAGCAGGAAGCCGGAGCCCGGGAGCCGUGUCCAAAGGGGAAGCAGCGGCUCGUGCGCAUGUUGGCCAUCUGUCCGUGGGAUGACAGUGACCGCAGCUUCACCGAGUCUCAGCUCUGCUCUGACCUGAGCGCCACAUCCAGCCGUGAGCUGGUGGACAGCUUCCGGUCCAGCAGCCCCAUGCCUCCCAGUCAGCAGUCCCUGUACAAGCGGGCCGCAGAGGACUUCUGGGACGACCCCUGGUCUUUCAGCUUCCCAGAAACCCUGCAGGUGGACCGGGGACCCUCCCCGGGGGCUAAGGCAGGUGCUGCAGACCUCGAUUAUGAGAUUGUAGAUGCGGCAGAACUUGCCGACUGUGACAGCCUGCAGCCAUCCUCCGGGGGCCUCUCCGUCUCAGCCAGCAGCGUCCCGGUGCGGAGGAGGCCGGCCCGCAAGAUCCUGAGCCAGGUCACCGUGCUGGCCUUCCAGGGGGACGAGCUGCUGGAGCAGAUAAGUGUCAUUGGCGGCAACCUCACAGGCAUCUUCAUUCACCGGGUCACCCCAGGCUCCGCGGCGGACGAGAUGGCCUUGCGCCCGGGCACCCAGAUCAUGAUGGUGGAUUACGAGGCAACGGAGCCCCCGUUCAAGGCCACCCUGGAGGACACAACUCUGGAGCAGGCCGUCGGACUUCUCCAGAGGGUGAACGGCUUCUGCUGCCUGUCUGUGAAGGUCAACGUGGAGGGUUAUAAGAAGUUGGUCCAGGACCUGGAGGCCAAAGUGGCUACCUCGGGGGACUCCUUCUACAUCCGGGUCAACCUGGCCCUGGAGGCGAGGGCGGUGGGGGAGCUUCAGGUGCAAUGCAACGACAUCCUGCAUGUCACCGACACCAUGUUCCGGGGCCGCGGCUGCUGGCACGCCCACCGCGUGGGCCCCUAUAGCACGAAGGGCACCGAGAGGGGCAGCAUCCCCAACUAUGCACGGGCUCAGCAGCUGCUCAUUGCUCUGAUCCAGCGGAGCACCAUCGCCCGCAAGCAGUCUUCUGGGGGAGCCCAGAAGCUGGUCCGCAUCGUCAGCGUGGACAGAACCAAGGCCAGCCCUGUGUGCUCGUCCUCUGAGGGGGCCCUGUCGGAGCGCAGCAAGCCAGAAGAGCCCUCCACCACGUGCUUCUGGGCCGAGACCUGCUUCACCCUGGUGCCCUACAGCCUGGUGCGUCCCCACAGGCCCAGCCGGCCCCGGCCCGUGCUCUUCGUGCCCAGGGUGGUCGGCAGGAUCCUGAGCGAGAAGCUGUGUCUCCUCCAGGGGUUUAAGAAGUGCCCAGCAGAGUACUUGAGCCAGGAGGAAUACGAUGCCUCCAACCAGAGGGGGGACAUCAUCCAGGAGAAGGAGGCAUCCGGUGGCCGCUACUGGGUGACCCGCAGGGCCAUUGAGUCCCUCAUGGAGAAGAACACCCACGCCCUCCUGGACGUCCGGCUGGACAGCGUCCGUGCCCUCCACAGGUCGGAGAUCUUCCCCAUCAUCGUCCACAUCUCCGUCAACGAGAAGGCGGCCAAGAAACUCAAGAAGGCCCUGCAGCGGCUCAACACCUCGGAGCGGCAGCUACUGGAGGCGGGCAGGCAGGAGGAGGGCGAGCUGGACGAAGUGCCCUGUCUGUACAGCAGCCUGGCCCCCGAUGGCUGGAGUGACCUGGAAACCCUGCUCGGCUGUGUCCGCUUGGCCAUCGCAGACGAGCAGAAGAAGGUUGUGUGGACAGAGAAGAGCCCCCGCUGACGCCCCCGGAGUCCCCUCCAGAAAUUGUGGGGACCUCUGAGUCCCCACAGGAGUCCCUGACAACGUGGCCCUGUGCGUUGAGCUCAGGGCCUCUCAGGCACAGCCCUGCGGGUGCUCACCAAACAAGCCCAGCUCUCCGGGCAUUGGCUCCCCUCUCUCACCAGGGUCUGACCUUGAACUACAUGCAGGGGACAAUGGGCAUUCGGACCAUCUCCUCCUCCUCCAAGGCUCCGCGUGGUCUGGAACCAGACGCCCCAAGAACAUUUCUGCAGUGGGGGCGUCUCCCGAGCCUUCCCGGAGCCAGAGGCCCCAGAUGUCCAGAAAACCACCCGUCGGACCCGAAUCACUGUACUUCCCUUUGCAAUUCAAUGUGCCAAAGCGCUUGUUCCAAAGCCACGGUGGCUGCAAGCUGAUAGCCCUGAUGACCCCCAUGGUCACUCCCAUCCCUGCCCAGAGCAGAGACACAACCCCUCUUGUAAUGUCAUCCUGGCUUUCUCAGCUCCUGAUGGCAGACAGGUGCCUCAGUAACUCCAAUUUAGAGAGAUGUGUGUAUGUGCUGGGAAGCCUAGUUUCCCAGUGAUGGAAACAGUAUUUUCAGCGGUGCCUGGCGGUUUUGGGGGACCCGUGGGGGUCCUCGAGAAGCCUUCCACAGACACAUUGCACAAAUGCCAUCUGGGCUCCCCGAGCCUGGGAACUGCCCCCCUCUAACUGGGUACCUCCCUCCCCACCAGCUCCUUCUCCAGAGUAAAGCACCUUUACUCCACCUCCAGAGCUCAGGAGACAUUUGGGCGUGGCUUGGGCAGGGACCCCCGGGUCCCCUGACCACCCGGCCUUGCCGCCCGCAGUCACAGACUGAAUGGAGUUUUGGCAGCAGCGGCCCUGAGUCUGAGUGCCUCGGGCGGUUGCUCUAGAACUCAGACCGCCAUUCUCGCAAACGAGGUCAGAAAAUGAACUUCUAUGUAUUUUACUGAAAUAAAGCUUUUCCGGUGCCCUGGA